UUAAUUUUAAUAUUUUUUAGAUAUGCUCACGGAAAUAAAUUUUAUAUAAAAAUAUUAAAAAAAAAUUAUGUAAAAAAUCAUCCUUAUGGAAAUAUUCAUCCUUGGAAAUCAUUACUAGAAUUUUCAAGUGAUCUUGUAAAUAAUUUAAUUUACAAUGAAGAUGGAUUAAUAAUAUUAAAUAAACCAUAUGGAAUAAGAAGUAGGAAAUCAAAUUCAUUUCAAAGCUUAAAAAAUAAUGUCUCUAAUGGUGUUAAUUAUACAUUAGAAGAUGCUUUACCUUAUAUUGCUAAAGAAUUAAAUUAUCCAAAUUUAAAUAUAAUUAAAAGCCCUGAAAUGUACAUGAGUGGUAUUACACUUUUAGCAGCAAAUUCAAAUAUUCAAAAUGCUAUAGAACUUGCAUAUAUUCAUGGUCAAUAUUUCAUAAAUACUUAUUGGAUAGUUACAGUUGGUAUACCAAAACAAUCAAAUAAUUAUUCCCGUCUAGGAAUAAAAUUAGUUUCACAUCCUCAGUUUAAAAAUAAAAAGCAAAUUCUUAUCACAUCAUGGUCUAAAAAUGAAGAAAAAAAGAUAAAAAUAUUAAAAACAGAAUACAAAAUAUUAUCCAAUUCUAUACUUAAUUUAUGUUCUUUAAUUCAACUAGUAUCAUCUACUCAUCAUAAACAUGCAAUUAGACUAUUUGCAUCAACAUUUUUAUAUUGCCCAAUUUUAGGAGAUAAUAUUUAUGCAUCUCAGAUUCAGAAAAUUGGAAAUACUUAUGUAAGAGUUCAUCCAUUUUUUACUUGUUCUGCACCAAAAUUGGAUGAUAAGCUUUUUAAAUUAUUAGGUGUUAAACCUAAUAAUGAGAAUAUUAUUCCUACUCAUAUUCAUUUAAGAUCAAUAGUUUUACGAAACUUUCUGGGAAAAACAUUAAAAAUUGAAGCUCCUUUACCGCCGUAUUUUGAUUGGACAUGUAAUCAACUUGAAUUUAAACAUAUAAUAGAAACAGAGAAUUGUAAAUCACAUUUAGUUUUAUAGAUAUAGAUAGUUUUAUAGAUUUGAAUGUAAUUUAUUUCUUCAUUAAAUAAUACUUAUUGA